GCCCGCAGGCCGGCUGUGGGGGCUGGUGACGCGGGCCGGCGCUCACGAGAGGCCCCGGAGGCGGGGCUCUGCCGGCUGCCCAGAGAGCGGCAGGACAGAAAGCUUUGACCUCCAAGCUGUUUUAAAUCUAGUAGAUAAGCCAGAUACGCUAUUGCCACAAGGCUUUGGCCCACAUUUCAGUGGGAAUGCAGUUAGUUUGGAUAUCUGGAACUUUUUAGGCACCUGUCUUGGAAUUCCUGGUUACUGGCCUAACGACUGUUGGGGGUUCAAGACCUGGCCAUCAGUGCAGGAUAGCCACACAGCAAAAUGUUUGCAAAACUAAAGAAAAAAAUUGCAGAAGAGACUGCUGUCGCUCAGAGGCCAGGAGGUGCUACUAGGAUCCCACGAUCAGUGAGCAAGGAAUCGGUUGCCUCCAUGGGAGCUGACUCAGGAGAUGACUUUGCAUCUGAUGGAAGCAGCUCCAGAGAAGAUCUUUCAUCCCAGCUUUUGAGAAGGAAUGAACAGAUACGGAAAUUAGAGGCCAGGCUUUCUGACUAUGCUGAACAGGUCCGAAACUUGCAGAAGAUAAAAGAGAAGCUUGAAAUUGCAUUAGAAAAACACCAGGAUUCUUCCAUGCGGAAAUUUCAAGAGCAGAAUGAGACAUUCCAAGCCAACAGAGCCAAAAUGGCAGAAGGACUGGCUUUGGCAUUAGCCAGAAAGGACCAGGAAUGGUCAGAAAAAAUGGAUCAGCUUGAAAAGGAUAAAAGGUUUCUGACAGCUCAGUUACAGGAAAUGAAGAACCAGAGUUUGAAUCUUUUCCAAAGGAGAGAUGAAAUGGAUGAAUUAGAGGGGUUCCAGCAGCAGGAACUAAGUAAAGUAAAGCACAUGCUUUUAAAAAAAGAAGAAAGUUUGGGGAAAAUGGAGCAAGAAUUGGAAGCACGUACCAGAGAACUUAGUCGCACCCAGGAGGAGUUGAUGAUCUCCAACCAGAUGUCAGCAGACUUAAGCCAGACGAUAGAAGAGCUUCAGAGAAAAUACUCAACGCUGGAAGAGCAGAGAGAUCAUGUGACAGCUUCAAAAACAGGUGCAGAAAAUAAGAUCACAGCCCUGGAGCAGAAGGAACAGGAACUCCAAGCCUUCAUUCAGCAACUUUCCAUUGAUUUGCAAAAGGCCACUUUUGAAACUCAAGAGAAAGAAAAACUCAUCACACAUUUGCAGGAGAAGGUUGCAUCCUUGGAAAAGAGACUGGAGCAGAACUUAUCAGGGGGAGAACAUGUGCAGGAACUUCUAAAAGAGAAAACACUUGCUGAGCAGAAUUUGGAGGAUACCAGACAGCAGCUCUUGGCAGCCAGAAGCAGCCAGGCCAAUGCCACUGACAGCCUGGAGACUCGGGUGAAAGAACUAGAGCAGAGCCUGCAGGCAUCUGAGGAGAAGCUAAAACAGAGCAGUGACAUUGUGGCAGCUCAGGAAGCUCAGAUUCAGGAGCUUGCCUCCGCAAACAAGGAGAGCAGCUGUGCACAGCAGCAGGUCCUCACUCUGGAGCAGCAGUGCACAGAGCAGAUCCACACACUGAAGGCCCAGCUCUCUGCCCUGGAGAGAGCUCGGGCAGCCGACCAUGCGGCCGCGGAGCGGAAGGUGAGAGAGCUGGAGCAAGAAAAUGCAGGCCUUAAAGAAAGUAAGAAUGAAUGUGAACAUUCUUUACAACAUCACCAACUUGAACUAAAGAAGCUGAAGGAAGAAUGGAGCCAAAGAGAAAUUGUGAGUGUGGCAAUGGCUCAAGCCCUGGAGGAGGUGCGGAAGCAAAGGGAAGAGUUCCAGCAACAGGCUGCUAACCUGAUCGCCAUAGAAGGUGAGAAGGAGCAGAGUCUGCAGGAAAAAACUGAAGUGAUUCUCCAGAAAGAGCAAGAGAUUCUCCAACUGAAGAAAGGUCACGACUCCGCCCUGCUGCAGAUGCGCCAGCUGCAGAGUGAGCUGGAGGCCCUGAGGGGCCUGAGGGCCGAGGAGCAGUCGGAGACGGCCGACGUGCAGGAGGACCUGCUGAGGCUGCAGAGCCAGGAGCAGGGUGUGGUGCUCUCAGUCAGCGAGCCUCACGUGACCUCGAGGGCCGGGCAGGACCCCGCGUACCAGCUUCCGGCUGCAGAGGGGAUACCAAAUGGUGAGAUGGGGACCACCAUGGAUCUAGGGCAGCUACAGAAGGAAAAACAGGACUUGGAGCAGCAACUUCUAGAGAAAAAUAAGACCAUAAAGCAGAUGCAGCAGAGGAUGCUGGAACUCAAGAAGACUCUGCAGAAGGAGCUGAAAAUCAGACCCGAUAACGAGCUUUUUGAAGUCCGGGAGAAGCCUGGGCCUGAAAUGCCAAACGUGGCCCCUCCUGUCACGAAUAAUGCUGACCUGACUGAUGCCCGCGAGAUCAACUUUGAGUACCUCAAACAUGUGGUUUUAAAAUUCAUGUCCUGUCGCGAAUCUGAGGCUUUUCAUCUUAUAAAAGCUGUGUCAGUGUUGCUGAACUUUUCACAAGAGGAGGAGAACAUGCUCAGAGAAACCCUGGAGUAUAAGAUGUCAUGGUUUGGGUCCAAGCCAGCUCCCAAGGGCAGCAUCCGGCCGUCCAUCUCCAACCCUCGGAUACCAUGGUCCUAGGCGGCACCACCCAAGGAUGAACCUCCAAGGGCUGACACUUUUUCUGUGAAAAGAACACUGACACACCAGUCUGGGUGGGUUUUUAAUCACUGUAACUGCAGUAUUUUGUACAAGCAUCUGAACAUUGUUUACAAGACUUAAGGCCCACUCCUGCAGACUGAUAAGAACCUCAGGAGGUAGCUGAUCCUGUUGUUCUGUUCACCAGAGGGUCCUGGCACUACCCACAUUUCCACAGUGCUGCUAAAAUCCCAGCUCUGGCCAGCACCCAUCUGCCCCGUAUCCUCUUUCAAGGUGAGCACUUAAAGCCGAAGCCCUCAGCAUGUGUCAGAGAGGAGGCGGCUCAUCUGUCGUGUGGUGACGACACUGGACAUAGACAGCCCUUCAAAAUGGUGCCCAGCAGCCCAGACCCACCUAGUUCUGCCACGAAGAGCCAACUCCGUGAGGCCGGCCUUUAAAAACUCCCUUUCCCUUUCAGUAUGUUUGGGUUCAGAUGAGUUAGAAGCAGCGUUUUAAACCCUUCCUCCCAAGGAAACAUUAUUUCACGUUGUUUCUCAGACCACCGAGAACUUUAGUUGUCUGUCUUUAAGGUACUCUGGGGCCAGUGUGGAUUAAUGAAUAUGCACCUUUCUGACAGUAUCUCAUUUUACUGAAGAAAACUAGCAAAUGUAUAAAAAGAUCCUUAGUACCAAAUACACUCAAUUGCCUUUUUAAUGAAUGUACUUGUCUUGGAUAGGUUGCUGGUAAACCAUUUUAAACUAUUUUUUAUAGCUAAAGUUCCUUGCUAUUAUAAACAUAUCUUCUGUAUUAUAAA